AUGGAUAUGGACAUUGAAGUUGGGGAGUUCGAGAGAACCCAGACCCCGUCGCUGAUAGGAGAGACCAUCAGAGGAAACCACCACCAGGGCUCUGAGCUCGCUGAUAGCCACACACCUUCAGUCGCAUCAUCCAACCGUUCUCGCUCUCAAUCCCGUCCUGCAGCGGUUCUGCCAUUGCACAAUGAACUGGACUCUACCGUCUCUCUGAAGGAGCUGGAAAGUGAGGGAGUGCUGAUGAACGAUGAAGAAGGCGAGUUCGUCGAUAAGGUUUUGGACGAUGAAGGUCAUGUGAAGCAAGAGUCACUUCACAUCAGCCAGAAAUUGAAAGAUGGCGAAAAUGACGUUGUGAAACCGAAACCAAAGCCGUUUGUGCCGACUGAAGAACCGGUAGACACUGAGUCUGUGCACAUUUUUGGGGGUGACGGUGACCGGUACAUAGCCCCGGCUUCGAAGACCCACUCUUCCGCAAACUCGACUCCAGCACCAACUUUCAAGGUUUCGAGUCCUCGAGUGUCGUCUCCUUUGGGGACUGGGAAGAACACCGGAUUGUUGCCGGAUGAGAGCUUUAGUCUCCAAGAAGUGAUUGACGGUGUCAAUAACGGCAGUUCCCAAGAGGCCUUGACUGAAAAUCAGCCCGAGGCCUCGGCUCCAGAGUUUGAUCCUUCGAAGACUGUGGAAGAGGUCGAACCUGAGGUCCCAGACUCUGCUGCGGAUAUAGAUGCUUCGUUCACUGUCCCAGCAGGAGCACGUGAAGGAUUGAACUCACCACUUCUGUCCAGAGCUGCCUCUCAACAGAGAUACACGCAAGGAGGCUCUCCAGCUCGCGAAGGAACGGGAACUAGCAAGCCACAUUUGGCCCGUGGAGAUUCGUAUCAUGGUGCUUUAAGUAACGACGACUACGUGCAGCCCCUUGGGUUAGGCGAGAGAAAGCCUAGACACGACCCUGGUGCGUCACUAUCGAAGACAGCGAGUUUGAAUUACCUAAGGUCAAUUUCUCGCUCGCGUUCGCGUGUAGCCAACGACAGAGAUGCCAUUGGUGUGGAUCGUGGGAUUGACAGCGAGGAGUUGAAGGAAGAAGGAGCUCUUAUGGGUGAUCAGUUUUCGCAGAUACCUGAGCUGGAAGAUGCUAUUGAUCGUGCCCUCAAUUUGGUUGGGGGUGAUGAGAAGAGCGAGCUUGAGGUUCCCCAAGAGGACGAAGAAGCUGAUGCGGCUGAGACCAAAGAGGAGGAAACCGAUGAAGCUGAAACCAAAACGGGGGAAGCUGAAACGCCUGAAACGCCUGAAAAGGCCAAAGAGGUAGAAUCAUCCGAAGUUUCAGCCUCGCCAGCUCCUGCUGCAUCACCUUCUAAAGGUGUCUAUGUUCCCAAAGAAGACAAACUCACGUUUGAAGACGAACCUGUCUAUCUCUUCACUUCAUUGGCUGGUGGUUUCCAGGUUUCCAGCAGAACGAGUAGAUUGGCCAAUAUUCUGGCUGCAAACAAGAUCACGUUUACCUACAAGGAUCUGGGCACCGAUGAGUCGGCCAAAAAGAUCUGGAAGACUUACAGUGGAGGCAAAACUCUUCCAGGUGUCGUCAGAGGAAGAGACGACUUCAUUGGUAACUGGGAGGACAUUGAGGAGGCCAAUGAGAACUAUGAGGUACGGAGCCUUGUCUACGAAACUGUUUGA